AAUAAUGGAAGAAAAAAAAAAAAAAAACACUUGAUAUUAUCCAUAAAACUCCAAAGAGUUCACAUAAAUAUCUUGGUGGUGAUGGAACCUACUGAAUCAGAAGAGUCCCCAAAGAUUAAAAACAAAACCUUAUCCUGAUCCACAAAUAUCUCACCCUAUCCAUCAUACCCACUUUUAAUCUAUAAAUUUGAACCACACUUGCUCUGAUCACAAGUCACAAUACUAAAACAAAAGCAAAUUCAAAAUGCAGAGUGCUUUAACCUUUGCUUCCCCUGUUGUUAUGCCAUUGGCACCUUCAAAGAGUGUCUCCCAAGUAACCACCUUCCCUACCAAAUUAGCUUCCUCAUUUUCUUCACCUCAUAAAGUUGCAGCCAAAGUUGCAACCGUUAACUAUGACACUUCAACAGUAGAUUACAGCUCUAUGUUCUCUGUGUUUCCGGCGGAAGCUUGCGAAACGGUGGGAGGGGACGCAUGUUUGGCAGAGAUGUAUCCUGAAGCGAGGGUUCAGCCGGAGGCUCGGAACGACAAACCUCAAGUUGCUUCAGAAAGUGUUGAUAGAGAGUAUCUUGAAUACAAUGAUCCCAAGACGGUCUUUCUUGGAGAAGCUUGUGAUGAACUCGGAGGAAUGUUCUGUGAGCACGAGUAUCAGAAGGGUGUCUACUAGGACAUAGAAAACCUCCUCUUUUUGCAAUGACUACUACAAAUCUACAAUGUGUUGUAUAUAUAUGAUAUGAUAUGAUAUGUAGCAUAUAAUAAUAUAGAUCUCAAGUUUGCAAUUUUCAUUUUCGAUCUAAAUGAUAGAAGCUUAGAAUAGUAAUCACCAUAGGAGAAGAGUACUG